CUUUAUUCUGGCACGUUCGCUUUUAUUCUAGCUUGGUGUUUAGUUUGAAGCGGUUCUAUAUACAUACAUAUAGUGAAUCAAAGCGUAAAAACUUCGUUACUUUUACGCGCAUAUUUUAUAAACAGUUUUCGCCAAGUGAAAUCUUUAUUGUAAAAAGUGUGCGAAUCUCUAGAGUCUAGAGACGUCAGUCAGUACAGUUUCUGCUUGAUAGCUGUAUCGCUGCAUAAUCCCAUUAAUUAUUGUUAUGUCGUUAACGAAAAAGGAUCCUACACUGCGCGUUGCUGCCAAUGAUCCACAUUUGGUCAGUUUAGGAGGUGGACGUUUGAGUACGGCAGUUACUAUACAUUACAUACCCAUAGGUGAUAUGACUAUUGGCUCAGCCUCCAGUUGCAGCAUAUCUUUGAAUGGCAGCGGCGUUCGACCGAUUCAUUGCACCAUCUAUCGCAGCGAGGAGAACGAAGUGACCAUCGUACCAGAGCAUGAUGCUCGCAUACUAAUUGAUGGUACGAAGAUCACACAUGAGACCAAUUUGACUCAGGGUGCCAUGAUCACUAUUGGAAAUUCAAAUUAUUUACGUUUCAAUAAUCCAGCCGAAGCUCAGAUGAUGCGCUCUGCUAUGGGUUCGAAUGAACGCAUUUCCAUGCCACAGAUAGACUUCACGCAAGUGCCACGACGGGACUCGACCAAGAGCCUGAGCUCGAGCAGCGGCAGUGCAGAUGCCCGCCAAUCAUUAGCCAUCAAUUCAUUUUAUGAAGAACAUAUCAGUCCAAUAACAAAUGCACAGAUGCCAAUGUCAAUGGGUAGAGAAUGCACGAAGAGUAUUUUUGGUAGCAGUAAAUCUUUGUAUAACAACGUCGCAACAGCACCAAUCGAUAUAAACGGACUACACUGCCCUAAGGUAUUCACCGCCGACCUGGUGACUGUGAAUAUGCCAGCAAAGGAUGUGCUGGGUCAAAAAUACGCCAACUUCGCAAAAAAUUUAGCUGAAAAUCAUCGCAACGAUAAGAACUCCUCUCCCGUGCGGAACAAUCAGUUGAAUAAUAGCUUAAAGGGAAAUGGUCAGAAUGGAACAGGAAAUUAUGUCAAUGUUCCGAGCACAUCGAAUUUCAUACAGAACACAAGCACCAACUUAAAUGGGAGUGGAGAGUUCUUGGCAAAGGUGAAUAAUACGACGCCGCUGCGAAGCGCGAGCGGUGUUCAUCACCACAAUGUGCCAGCCUAUGACCGUUACCCAAAACCAGGUACCUAUGGAGGUCUUCAAAUCUAUCCUAUGAACGGAUUGAAUACCGAAAUUAAUAGCAGCUCAGCGAAUUCGUCGCCGCUGCAUCGUUUGCAAUACGAGAGUUCGCCCAGCAUGCAGCGAAGAAAUCUGUCCAGCUUAAGUAGCUCAGAGAAUGAACGCCUUGAAGACAUGCUGAAGAUAUGUACUGAAUAUUCCGAUCGCCAAAAUCAAAGUUGUGCCGCGUCCCUCACCUCUUCACCUAUUGUUCAAAACCGAAUCAAAACAAACGGGUCACUGCCACGCGACAAGAAGUCACCUUUCUACCACGACCUAUCCGGCUCGCAGCUUCAGCAAUCGUUCUCAGGCAGCAGCGGCAAUCUCAACACCAAGGCACAUAACGGUUCAAUUUCCAGUUCUACUGGUUAUGAAAAUGUGCGAUUGGUUGGCCAGAACCGGGUGGAAAUCGGUGGUCAAACUCAAGGCCCUAGUUCACCAAAAACAGGUUAUGAAAAUGUGGUUAUGGGCAAGUAUGUACCCCAAAGUCCGCGUACAAAAAUUCGCACGACUUGUAUGUCGCCAAAAAAGGACCAUUCGUUUAGCAAUGCAUACGGUCAAGCACCCAUCGCUGCCGUACCACCACCAGUGGCACCCAAGCCACCCAAACAGAGUGAAUACGAGCAGCUGAUAAAGACUUUUGAGGAGAAACUCAAAUUAGAAAUGCAAGCCAUAGAGGAGAGCUGCCGUUAUCAGCCGAGGAGUGCUGUUAAAACCGCGUCGGUAUCAGCUGAUCAUUCGCCAGCGAAGCGUACAAAUAAAAAUAUUAACAAUCUCACGCUAAACUUGCACGAAUCGAAUUCAUUGCAAAAUUCGCCCAGGCUGCAAAAGAAGCCGGCACCAGCACCGCGAAUGUUCUCAAAAACAGCUUUGAUGAGCUUUAACAACGCUGGCGCUACAAAAAGUUCGAAUUUUACUGAUAAUGGCAUUUCUCUGCCGAAAACAGCCGCGGCUGCUGAAUUAAAACCGAUUUUGGGUGACUGUGAAGACAUUGAAAAACUUAAACAAACCAGAAAGCAGCUCUUAAUGCGAGUACAGGAAUUGAAGAAUGAAAUCUCGGAGCUACAAAAGAUGGAGGCAGAAGAACUGAGGGAGUUGGAUAUGGAAAAGGCGCUGGUUACUGCCGAAGUACACUCCGUCGGUGAUUCUGUUGGUGAGUUGGAGACGCAGCUUGAGCUCUUGCAGAACAAAAUCCAUCGCUUUGAAGCGCAGCGUAAUGCCACGCGCGUCAUGGAGGAAAAUCAGCAGGCAAAACUAAAGCAGUCAAUUGAAAUGAAGCAGGAUCAAGCGAAGAAAUUAAAGUCGAUGUUGCAGCAGAAACCGAGUAAUGACUGUCUAAAAGAAGAACUCCAUAAUGUGAGCGAAUCGCUGGAAAAUGAUCGUAAAACAUUUGAGGAUUUAGAAUUCCAGUAUUUGGAAGAAGAAUCUGAAUGGCAUGCAUAUCGCGAGGAGUUACACAACGAAGAAGCGAAUUUGUCCGCGAAAAUAAAGGAGAAACGCAUUGAGUUACAGCAUCUGGAGGGCCAGGAUUUGGGCAACCCUUCAAUGCACGCCAAAACCUUAAAGUCAAAGUUAGUGAAUGCAUGUAAUUUACUAAAAAUGGAGCAAGAGCGCCUAACUGCGAUUGAGAGCAGCAUUUGUGACAUAACCGGCGAAUUGAAAGUGGACACAUCCGAAGAGGACGUCAGCACGGCAUCUUCGAGCUCGCCUAUGCUGCACAACAACCUGGCAGCGGGUGUUAUGUCCCAAUCGCUCUUUGGUUCUGCCGAACUGCUAUGUCCCAAGCGUAGUAGUGCGGAUAUAAUGUCUAAAAGUGUAAAUGAGAAUAUGUUUUUCAACAAUAAAAUUGAACUGCCGGCUCAAGCGCCAGUCACAAGCACUCCUAAACGUAAGCAGCUGUAUGUCGUUGAUAUUGAUGAUGCCGAUUUGCCAUGUAAAAGUCUUGACGCACGGCAUACCACCGAAUGUGCUGAUACAGACCCCGUGCAAUUUGACAAAAGCGAUACACAGAAUGAUGGUCAACAUAGUGAACGGGUUAAAUUUAACCUUUCGCUGGGUAAUGAUGAUUUCGAAGUAAAUCCACUGGAACGUCGUGUGCCAUCGCAGGACGAUAUUGAUCGCAUAUGUAAAGUGACGAGUAGCGCACCCAUUUCAACAAAAGGCGCCAGUACGAGAAUAUUUGAUAGCAUUAAAGAAAUAGAACGCAAUCGGCAACUGCUGCUGGCACAACAAGGUCAUCACGUGAUUGAGCAUGAGCGUCAAAAAAUAAUUGAUUUGAAGAAGAAAUGUCAUGAUGAAGCACGUGCACAAUACCUUCUUAAGUUGAAUAACGGUGAAAGCGAGUAAGUAGUGAACAAUUUACAAUUUC